GAGGGUGAGUAGAGUGAGACUGAGAGACAUGGUGGAGGCAUCAAGCAUAUUGGUAUCAGUAAUGGCAGUGAUAACGGUGGUUAGAUGGGUAUGGAACCUGGUGAAGUGGGUGUGACUGAACCCUAAGAGGCUGGAGAGAGAGCUCAGACAGCAAGGCCUUCAAGCCAAUCCUUACCGAUUUUGGGUCGGUGACUUGGGGAAAAUGGUUGAGAUUCAAGAGAAUGCCAAAUCCUUAACCUUGCCGCCUCAUUCUCAUGAUCUUGUUCCUCGUAUUUCCCCCUUUGUCCACCACACAGUCACCAAAUAUGGGAAGAAUUCAUUCAUGUGGUUUGGACCGACACCGAGGUUGAUCCUUACAAAUCCAGAACAGAUAAAGGAGGUGUUCAACAAGUACUAUAACUUCACAAGACGUCACACGAGUCCUCUUAUGAAAUAUUUAGGCCCUGGAUUCGGCAAACAUGAGGGCGACCUGUGGGCUAAACAGAGAAAGAUGAUCAAUCCAGCUUUCAGUUUUGAUAAACUCAAGGUUUCUUAAUUGAAAUUAAUCAUUGUAUAUACACUAACAGAUGUAUGGAUAUCACUGUCAAUUAGUCACUCGAUUCUGUUAUCUAACUAUAUUUUGCUGACAAGAUCGAGUGCCAUUUUGUUAAUUGUGGCCACAAACUUUCAUACCAAUAUUUGCCCAAAGUUGCAACAACAUGAUAAGAGAAUGGGAAAAAAUGUUGAGUUUGUCAGAUGAUGGAACAUGGGAAGUGGAUGUAUGGCCUUGGUUUAUGAGUAUGUCACGUGAUGUGAUUUCUCGAGCAGCAGUUGGACGCAGCUACAAAGAAGGCAGACAAAUAUUCCAGCUUCUAUCAGAGCAAACCGAACUUGUCAUGUAUCACUUGGACAGAUAUUACCUUCCAUUUUGGAGGCUUGUAUACAGUAAGGAUAGAAGAAGGAUGGAGGAAAUUGAUAGAACUGUGAAUGAAUCAUUGAAGGGCAUUAUCAAGAAGAAGGAGAAAGCCAUGAAGGCUGGUGAAGCCGUAAAGAAUGAUGUGAUGGGGAUACUUUUGGAAUUCAAUAAUGAAAACAGGGGUACUGUUGGGUUGAGUAUGAAGGAUUUGAUUGAGGAAUGCAAGUUGUUCUAUUUUGCAGGACAAGAAACCACUUCGACUUUGCUUGCUUGGACCAUCAUGUUGUUGAGUAGGCACCCUGACUGGCAAACACGUGCUAGGGAAGAAGUCUUGCAAGUCUUUGGCAACCAAACACCAGAUUUUGAUGGCUUAACUCGCCUCACCAUUGUGAACAUGAUCUUGCACGAGGCUUUGAGGUUAUACCCACCGGGAACAUAUAUAGACCGAUUAGUUGAGAAGGACGUGAAACUUGGGAAUUUAUCAGUACCAGCAGGAGUGCAAGUUUUCAUACCAGUUCUGAUGCUUCAUCAUGAUCAGGAGAUGUGGGGGAGUGAUGCCAAGGAGUUCAAUCCAGGGAGGUUUUCCGAGGGAAUCUCAAAGGCGGGGAAAGGCAAUUCCAUUGCAUAUUUUCCAUUUGGAUGGGGCCCUCGAAUUUGCAUUGGACAAAUCUUUGCUUUGUUAGAGGCUAAGAUGACUCUCUCUCUCAUUCUGCAACGCUUUUGGUUUGAGCUUUCUCCCUCCUAUUCUCAUGCUCCUUCCCUUGUUCUAGCUCUCAGGCCAAAACAUGGAGUUCAUGUCUUUCUACACAAACUCAAAUAA